AUGGCCCCCAAUGCAGCCAAGCGAGCGGCUCCUCCUACCGCACCGCCGCUGCGGCGGGUGUCGGGCAGGAAGGCGCCGCCGGCCACAGAUCAGCAGCAGAAUUCUGCCGCAGCCGAAGCUCCAGGGCUACCGAUCGCCAGUAACCCAGAGCGCCAGCUUCUGGUGGACAACAUCAUGAUUCCCAUGAACAAGAUCCUGAAGGAGAUGUCAGAUCGAGACGUUCAGCCUGUGUCUCAUGCAGGCGUCCAGGCCUUUGACAAGGACAACUUUGCAGCGAGCAUGCGUGACGAUGCUUCCUACACAUGCCAUGUCCCACUGCACUGGAUCGGCCUUGCCGUGGACCACGAUGACAUGUGGCCUGCUUAUGGAACCAUUGUGAGGGCCUUCGAGCAGAAGUUUGUCGUGCCCCAUACCGGGAAGGUCGUCCCCGCCACAUACGGCACAAGUGUGGUGCGCGCCGUCUCCAAAUCAGAAGCACCGAAGCCAGGAACGUAUGAAAUGCUCGACAAUGGGACGUUUCGGUACGCCUUCAUGUACGGGUUUUGCCGUGCUGUGGAGGCUCAGGAUGAGGAACUCAUCGCUGAGUUUCAAGCGUGUGCUCUCCGCUUCCCUGUUUCCUUUGAGUUCCUGCCAGACGAGGAUGCAAAGGCGGUGCGCAAGAUUCAAUGUGAUGUCGAUCGCAAAGCGGACGUGAUUUUCGCUGGGUUGCACGGGUACAAAGUGAUCAAGGUUUAUGCAGGCAUUCAGAAGAGCCUCCGUGACAGGAACUUGCCAUGCCAAGCUUCGCACAUCUACGAUUACUUGAUCUCAGUCCGCUGGCAGCAUGAUGACAAGCCUGACUCUCGCAAGAUCGAGCAACACUUGAAGAUUAACGGGCGGCUGACGCCUGAGACGAUCGAGAUGCUUGAUUGCUGCGAGUCUUGGUUCGGCCAGAAGCACGUCUUGGCAAGCGUGACAGCUCUAGACACGGUCAUGGCACGCACAUCGUGCAAGCAGCCUGAGCUGCAGGGCAGGCUCUUGAAUUGGUGUGUGGAAGGAAUCCUGGUCAAGCAGCUGCGUGGCGAGCUGAAGGCCUCCUCACAGGAGAGCAGCGGUAAGGAUGCUUUGAGGUCUCUGACCGCCGGCCUACUCUUCGUGCGCAGGCUCGUGUACUACGUGCGGCAGAAGUUCAACGACAAGAUCUUGGAUGUGUUCUUGUCAUGGCGUGCUUUCCACGCUGCAUAUCCCAAAGGCAAGCCCCUGAAGUUUGGCCAGAAGAAUGUCUCAUCCGGCGCCCGACUUCUCUUCCACUGA